UAUAAAACUGCAGCUGCCGGAGAAGUAGCAAGUCAAACCGCCUCGCAGAUCCAUCAGGGAUAGGUGUCGAUAGCCACUCGAGAAGUUCCAAGUACCCGGCUACCUUAAGUGAAAUCCAUCGUAUUCUUAUUCGCAUUCCUUCUAAGCGCGACAAGGAGUUAUCGGGAAAUUGUGAAAAUGCCUGAGAAACAAGUGGCACCUGUGAUUAGUAGUCUCGAGGAUUUUGAGCAUAAUUUACCUGGGUAUCUAAGUUCUGAAAGCCCAGUGGCCGUACUCCUGGACUACGAUGGCACCCUAGCUCCCAUUGCCGAUAAUCCAGCGAAGACCAAAAUGCCCGUGGAACUGGAGGCCAUACUGCACAAGAUAGCCAAGCAUCCGAAAGUUUUUCUCGCUGUGAUCUCGGGUCGCGGGCUGAAAGAUGUGCAAAAACAAGUAAACAUCGAUGGCAUUACCUAUGCUGGUAACCAUGGACUGGAAAUCGAGUAUCCCGAUGGCUCCAGGCACGACUACGAGCUGCCCACGGAGAUCCAGAAAAACUACACACAAAUGGUUAGGGAGCUCAAGGAGAAGGUGGAAAAGAAUGGAGCCUGGGUGGAGGAUAAGAAGGUAUCACUCACCUACCACUACAGAGAUACGCCCGUAGCCCUGAAGGAUCAGCAAAAGCAGUUGGCUUCGGAGAUCUGCACAAAGUUCGGAUUCCGUGCGAAUCAGGCCCAUGAGGCCAUCGAAGCUAAGCCACCAGUGAAUUGGAACAAGGGAGAGGCUGCCCUGUAUAUUCUGAAGCAGAAAUUCGGGGAAGAUUGGUCGCAGAAAGUGAGUGUGGUCUUUGCUGGCGAUGACACCACCGACGAAGAUGCCAUGAGAGUGCUAAGAGGCUUGGGUCGCUCGUUUAGAAUAUCUGCAGAUGCCCAGAUCCAGACUUAUGCGGAUUUCCGGUUGCCCAAGCAGGCUGUGAUGACCGAUCUUCUCAAAUGGAUAGCCAAUGUGUAUGUUUCUUAGAUGUAAUCGAAUUUUUUACAUAUAAUACAAUUCGAAAUUCUGUUUUUGCAUAAGCAAUAUUGAAAUAUAAAAUGUAUAUGUAUUUGAUUAGUUAGUGGAAUUAGAAUAAAAUACCUGCUCUUAA